CAACGGGUGUUAUCUAACAAACUGUUGAUGCAGGAGGCUGAUCGAUCUUUCUUCGACCUUUUCUCUAACGAUCUUUUAAUUUAUGUUCGAUUAAUCUUUAGGGAAACAAGAAGAAGAGAUUUUAUAAUUAUUUUUUAGAACGGCGAUCAUUCAUGGCUUCAUUCAACGCGGUUGGUUUUGACCUGACAGAAGUUGAGUGCAGAGAGGAGCAGGAGAGAUCGAGACAGAGGCACGAGAAGUGUUGACGGACGGCGGCUACCUUUCGCCAUGACCCCUUCCUUCCUUCCUUCCUACUCCGUCUCCUCCCUGUUUAUAUCUAUCUCCUCGAUCUCAAACCACCGGAAAUUAAGACAAUUAACACGAUCUCCGACCAUGAAGCUCACCGUCCUCCCCCUCCUUUGCUUCCUCUGCUCGCUGGUGCAGAUCUCCACCGCCCAGAGCUGCGACGGUGUGAGCUUCUCCGACGGCGUGUCCUAUGACACCUGCAACGAUCUCCCCUACCUCGGCGCCGCCCUCCACUGGACCUACCACCCCUCCAACGGCACCGUCGACGUCGCGUAUCGCGCGCCGCAGUCCGACCGUGGCUGGGUCGCCUGGGCCAUCAACCCCACCGGGCGAGACAUGGUCGGCGCCAACGCCUUCCUCGCCUUCCACUCCGCCGCCGGAGUCGUCACCGUUUACACCACCCAGUUCUCCGGCACCGAAUUCCCCCCGUCAAGCGUCGCCGACCAGAACCUCACCUUCGCCGUGCACAGCCGCCGGGCCGAGUACUCCGCCGAUGGCGGGUACUACACCAUCUACGCCUCGCUGGAUCUCCCCGGAAACCGUACGACGCAGAACACUGUGUGGCAGGCUUCCACCUCCUUCACCAACGGCGUGCCGUUCCGCCAUGAUUUAAGCGGCGACAACGUCAUGACGAUGUCGUCGGUGGAUUUCCUCUCCGGCCAAGCAUCUUCAUCCGGAGGCGUACCGAGGCUUCGCCGGAAGAACACGCACGGCGUGGUGAACGCGAUCAGCUGGGGAAUUCUGCUGCCCGUCGGAGCCAUCAUAGCGAGGUACGUGAAGGUGUUCAAGUCCGCCGACCCCGCCUGGUUCUACCUUCACGUCUCCUGCCAGUGCUCCGCCUACAUCGUCGGCCUCUCCGGCUGGAUCCUCGGCCUCCAGCUCGGCAGCGACUCCAAGGGAAUCACCUACCACAAGCACAGGAACCUCGGCAUCGCCAUCUUCACCCUUGCCACCGUGCAGGUCUUUGCCCUGUUUGCGAGGCCCAACAAGGAUCACAAGCACAGACUCUACUGGAACAUCUACCACCACGCCGUCGGGUACGGCAUCAUCCUCAUGAGCAUCAUCAACAUCUUCGAGGGCUUCGACGUCCUGGACCCCGCCAAGAAAUGGAAGCGCGCUUACAUUGCGAUCGUCGCCACUCUCGCCGGCGUCGCGCUGGUGCUGGAAGUCCUCACCUGGCCCAUAGUGAUACGGAGGAGGAACUCCGACAAGGCGACUGGCCACGCCGUCCACGUCGCGAAUGGAUACGCUUGAAUCCACGGCCGACCUCUGCGCCAGCAACAUGAAGCAGAUCGAUGUGUUAUAUUGUUCUUCAUACUUCAGAUUGUUAUAUAUAUUUGUAGCGGGCUCAGUCUCUUGGCAGAUCGAUGCUCUAUUUCUUCAUUUCU